AUGCCUCUGGACGACCAGCUCAUCGUCGACGCUGACAACACGACGACGCGGUCGCCAAGAACACCAAUAGCAAAUGCGAAGGAGUCGGCCAGAUCCCAGGAGGAGAAGAGGGCAGGCGCUCUCGCGGAGUACUUCUCUGCGCUGUUCGACGAGUCGUUCUGCUCCCACAACUUCAAGCUAGUGGGUUCGAGAAUAUUUUCGAGCGGCAGGUUUCAAGAGGAGGAGGCUGCCAAUGCUCGAGACUCGGAACUCUCCUUCGCCCGAGCUGGCAGCAGCAACAGCUCUCUCAACGGCUCUCUGGGCUCGAGCGGGUCUUCCUCGGAGGUCUUACCACGGGUCGGAUCCAGCGGGCAGAUGAGCGACGGUGAACCGUGGGGUUGGUUCGACGAGAUCGAGGAUCCCGCAGGCGGGGAGGGAGGGGGCCCGGCCCCUGACGCUCCGCCGGUGACGAAGGCGACGCCUCCUUACAUUUUGACGGAGUCGUUGUCGACCCAGCGGCUAUGGAGAGAGACGGCGGGCAAGCGACCAAGACAGCCAAGCGAGGAGCGCCAGUUUUUCGAGGAGCAGUGGGCCAAGAACUUCUCAGAUUCGGAGGUGGACUACUCUGAGCCGUUGGCGGAGACGGAUGCGGCGGCAGCAAGAAAACGAGCCAAGAAGAGAACAGCGCCACACUCCAAGGUGCACUACCGCGCCACGAGCCCGUUCGGGUCGGCCGUGUCAAAGUCGUUCCAGUGCGACAACUGCGGCCAGAUCACGUCCAUCAUGGUGCACAUCCCCAAGUUUCAGAUCAUUCAGACGGGAUCGGACGUGCACGCGGAGUAUCUGAUUGUGGUUGGGCUGGGUACGGUAACCCUCGGGGUUUGGAGGCGAUUCUCCGAGUUCCAGCGGCUCGCGAGCAAGCUGUCCAGGUCCAGACGCCGAGAUCAGUUCCACAACGCCCUGUGCAGCUGGAGAUGUCUCCGGGAGCGCCAGCGCUGGUUCAGGUGCCUGGAUGUGGACUACCUCAUUCUCAAGACCUUCCUGCUGGAGCGGUUCCUCCACGACUUCGUCUUCGAGUCGAUGUCACCCAACACGGUCAGGGAGUUCCUCGGAGUCCUCUAGCGCGCGAGAAAGAAGAAGCGGCGUACAGGGUGUGUGUGUGGGGGGGAACCUGUUGUUUCUCUCUCUGUAGGAUAAAGGGUUUGGGCAAAAAAAAACUAAUCCUAACCCCCACCCCAUCUCUCUCUCGCAUUGCCAUGUUCGCUGGUACGGGGUUGUUGCCACUCUCCCUUACCCGUCUGUCUUCUACGCAAGCCGGGGGCAGUGUUGGUAGAUGUUUUUCGUCCACCGGGCACCGUUGGGUGAAGGCAUCACGAAGGAUAUGCUGAUGAUUUCAGGAGGCGUGUUUUUCCGGAGGUUGCACGAGAGAGGGAGAGAGAGAGCUUUUGUGACGGCAAGAUGCCGGGGUGUGGCACUGCCGCUCAUGGAUAACCACAAAAAAUCUACAUAUUUGCAAAUAAGAAGAGGGGCGUGUUUCUCGUUGAAAACAUAAUGCCAUAUCACAAGUCAGUCAUGGAUGGUUAGACUUUUUUUCAUGGAAGAUCUUUCGUUUGCGUGCUCCACGCAAUGAGCUGGCUGGCAAAUUGUUCUAGAGUGUUUGCGAGGGCCCCGCAAUUGCAACAGGCGGUAGCUUUUGUUCUACCACGGUUGUUAGAUUUGGGUCUCAUCCACAUAGAUGGGGGGUUGAGAUGACGAAAUACAGCGAGGGGCACUGGCCCCUCGGCUUGGGUUUUGGUGUUGUUGUUUUGUUGUUUUGUUUCCCGCGCGCUAUGACGGAGGCUAUGUUUUAUUGGCGAGAUGUUGCGGGGGAGGGCAGGGAGAGAGGAUUGUCGGUCGGAGGAGGGCAGCCCGGCCGUUUUCUUGCAUGGUUUGUGUGGGUUUUUGCUUUCCCCGAAAUGAUCUCGGAGCUUGUCAUCGAAGCACGUUGUUUUGUGAACGUUUUUAACACCUUGGGUGGCGUUAUUUUCGUGUUGGUCCGUAGAUCUCAGCGGGAUAUAUAGGUACAGGGCUUGCAUGCGACGAUAUCGUUGUAUAUGUAAAAUAAACCCCACACUGCUGUCUCACGUUUCUGUAGCUUCUCCUUUUCCUAUGUUCGUGGGGGAGGAAAGGACAAGUAGACAAGGCGUGGUGUCUCGUCAAGGUUUCAUCCGUUCGGCAGUUUACCAUGCCAUACUGGACGCAUCUCUGUUCGGGUACGCGGAACAUGUAGAGGGUGAGAAAUUGCUGUAUGUAUUAUUUUAUAGUACGGUCUCGUACCCCCGACAUCGAAAGUUUAUAAGUACAUAAUACGUUUGAAAAUUUUCUUCCCAUGUCUUAGAAGAAGCGCUAGGCGAGACUGGCUGGCUCAUCUACCCCUCCCCCCCCCCCAUGGGGUUAGGGUUGGUUCGCUUGGCUAACGUAGCCGGGGACCAAGUAAGUGGGUGUUCCAGUGUGUGAUGCUGCGGGGGAGGGGGUCAAAUUUUGUCGUGGUUUUCGCCAGGCUAUCCGCGUACGAGUAGGCGGUGCUUUCGAGGGAUCACGGGAGCAAAGUGCCCUGCCCGUUCUCGCUGAUUGGCGCUAGUCGCAGCUUUUGCCACUUUUUUCGGUGUUAGAGAAAACCACUGUUGUUGCUGGAAAAGGCCGUGUUUCGAACUACAGUAGUAGCAGUUGUGGUGAAACAAUUUUUGUUCAGUUUUUGUGUUUUGUUUGGAGCGCGUUUCGAGGAGACGCUGGAUGAGCCAUGGAGGCCCGAUUUUGCGAACCACCGGGAGACAGACUCAAGGCACGAAAGAACGCGGCCGGCAAUGUGUGUGCGGGAUGGGAUGGUAUGGGGUGAGGGGACGGCAAUAAACUUGUACUGAAGUAGUACUCACCAACGGCUUGCGCAAUACGUGUACCCAUACACAGCAGGAGAGGGUUACCCCCAGGGCGAGGGAGGUUUUUAGGCGGACACACGUUCUGGGGCCUGGUUUGUGUUUUGCCCCGGCAACGCUGGAGAAAUACUCCGUAGCCUCGAUGGCCUUGUGGUCGGGGUGGGAGGACGGGAAGGGGGAACUUUCUGUAUGAAGAUCGUGGAGGUUGUUUUUCUUUGUACCGCUGCUGUUUGCCGUCUGAUGAUGUACUGCUGGCGUUGGGCGGGUGUUGUUGUUUGGGGUAAAGGAUUGGACCCAAACCAGAGAAAAACGAAAGCUGGCUGAAGCGAACACGCCGGGUGGGUCGGGAAACGGUUUAAGAACGAUCGGCAAGUCUGCGUGUUUUUGUGGUGUCUUUUCUCUAUUAUGAAGGACCGAUCGUACGGGAGAUUUCUAUCAUGCAUACAGAUUCAGGGCGUUCGGCGAAGUCACGUACCGCGAGUCGGUUCUUGAUUACAUCGAUCCGAUGAAAUCCCUGUGUAGAUGGACGGUGGGGAUUGCAGCGAGGACCGCGGAACGUUUUCGAUUGGUUAUUGUGCCUGCCCCCUUGUCUUGUCGCCGUGCGGUGUACUAAAUAGGCACUUCUCGACAACCCGCCGACGAUGAUGGUGAGCAAGGGGACGCACGGAAUGACGGUACAUUUGCGACCCGCUUACUCCCCGGGGGACAUGUUGUUGGCUCUACUUUUACUGCCCUCCAUCCGUUUCAGGUUUGCUUGUUCUUCCUUCCCGAACGAAUACGCAGGCAUAGGCUUGGCACGGGUUUUAUUGACAGAGAGGCAGGUACAUACAUGGUAGGAGAGGGAUUGGGGCCAGGUGAGGAAAUGUAGGGCGAGCGGAGGGCGCAAGAAUGUAUAUAUACUUGAGUUUUGCAGGGAAGAGAGAAACCUACAAGAUGGUGUCAGUUUUAAUGACUUCCCCCCUGAGCAGGCCUCAAGAGUUCUGCAACGAUUUUUGUUCGAAGAAGACGAUUCUAUUGUUCCAAGAAGACGUUUCAGAUGAGCUGUUGAGAAAGACGAGGGACAGAGAGAGGCGCCAGCACGGAGGGAGGAGGAGAGGAGAAUUAGAGACU